AUGGGGAACUGCUGCUGGACGCAAUGCUUCGGACUCCUGCGCAAGGAAGCGGGGCGGCUGCCGCGUGCAGGAGGCGGCGGAGGAUCCAAGUAUUUUAGAACAUGCUCAAGAGGUGAGCACUUAACUAUAGAGUUUGAGAAUCUAGUAGAAAGUGAUGAAGGAGAAAGCCCAGGAAGCAGUCAUAGGCCUCUUACUGAGGAAGAAAUUGUUGACCUGAGAGAGAAGCAUUAUGAUUCUAUUGUUGAAAAGCAGAAAGAUCUGGAUAUGAAAAUCCAAAAAGAGUUAGCCUUACGAGAAGAGAAGUUAAGACUAGAAGAAGAAGCUUUAUACGCUGCCCAGCGUGACGCAGCCAGGGCAGCAAAGCAGCGAAAGCUCUUGGAGCAAGAAAGGCAGAGAGUUGUGCAGCGAUGCCAUGCUUCCAACAAUGGAGAAUAUCAAAGUCCAGGACCAGAAGAUGACUUUGAAUCUUGUUUGAGAAAUAUAAAGUCACAGUAUGAAGUUUUUCGAAGUAGUAGACUCUCAUCAGAUGCCACAGUUUUGACACCAAAUACAGAAAGCAGUUGUGAUUUAAUGACCAAAACUAAAUCAACUAGUGGAAAUGAUGACAGCACAUCUUUAGAUCUAGAAUGGGAAGAUGAAGAAGGAAUGAAUCGAAUGCUUCCAAUGAGAGAACGUUCCAAAACAGAGGAAGACAUUCUCCGGGCAGCACUUAAGUAUAGCUGCAAGAAGACUGGGAGUAAUCCUACGUCAGCCUCUGAUGAUUCCAAUGGGCUGGAGUGGGAGAAUGACUUUGUUAGUGCCGAAAUGGAUGAUAAUGGCAAUUCCGAGUAUUGUGGAUUUGUAAAUCCUGUAUUAGAACUGUCCGAUUCUGGUCUAAAGCAAUAUGAUUCAGAUCAGCAAAAACGAUAG